AUGAAUAUUGCUGGUGAUGAAUCAAAUGAUGGUGAUGAAUCAUCGGAAAUAUUUGAUUCGAACGACGAAGAACAAUCAUUAUUUGAUAACAGUAAUGAAGAAUUCGUGGAUGAUAGGUCAACAGAUGUUAUUCAAUCAGAUUAUGAUACUGUUCGUGAACAAAGAAUGAUUUUAUUUGUAUUGAAAAAAUGUCGUGGUUUAACGUCGAUGAUUAAACGAUCAACAAUUAUUACAUUAUGUUUUGAUGCUGAACGAAAAAAAUUUUAA